AUGAGCCCGGAUUGCACUGGGAACGAGCCCGGAUUGCGCCGGGAACGAGCACGGAUUGCGCCAGGAACGCGCCCGGAUUGCGCUGGGAAUAAGACUGGAGUGCAGCCAGAUAGCGCCGGGAACGAGCCGGGAUUGCGCCGGGAACGAGCCCGGAUUGCCCUGGGAACGCGCCCAGAUUGCGCCGGGAAUGAGCCCGGAUUGCACUGGGAACGAGCCCGGAUUGCACCAGGAACGCACCUGGAUUGCGCCGGGAACGCGCCCGGAUUGCGCUGGGAACGCGCCCGGAUUGCGCCGGGAAUGAGCCUGGAGUGCAGCCGGAUAGCGCCGGGAACGAGCCCAGAUUGCGCUGGGAACGAGCCCGGAUUGCUCUGGGAACGCGCCCAGAUUGCGCCGGGAAUGAGCCCGGAUUGCACUGGGAACGAGCCCGGAUUGCGCCGGGAACGCGCCCGGAUUGUGCCGGGAACGCGCCCGGAUUGCGCUGGGAAUGAGCCUGGAGUGCAGCCGGAUAGCGCCGGGAACGAGCCCAGAUUGCGCUGGGAAUGA